AUGACGACACCCUUUACCGGAGCCAUCAUAAUUCUCCUCACCGCCGUCGCCGUGUCUUCUCUGUCAUCCUCAGCCAAUGCACUCGGUGGCUCCGCCUCCACGGUGGCCGUUGUCUACGGUUCUGCCACCACUAUCUGCACCAUAAUUGCCCAGCAACCCCUCAAACAAAUUCAAUGCUGGCAGAACGGUCAGCUGCUGCCUCCUAUCAUCCCCAUCACCUCCUUCGACUACAUCGCCGGAGGCCGUGACACCCUCUGCGCCACUCGCUCCGGUGGGUUCAGUCUCCUCUGCUGGAACACCACCUUCAACUCGAAAAGGCUGUAUAACAAUUAUUCAGCUCCGUUAACUUAUCUAACAAUUGGUGACACUCAAAUUUGUGGCCUAACAAACAACAGUUCGAGGCAGAACGUCAUUUGCUGGCGAGGAAAUGACAUAUCAUCCGCUCAAACCUCAAAUGAGACAUUGAGAUUUCGCGCAAUUUCAUCCGGGUUGGGAUUUUCUUGCGGGGUUUUGGAGGGUACUAAUCGAGUUUUGUGCUGGGGCGAUGAAAGUAUUUCUCUCUCCAUACAAUCGGCGUUCUCAAAUUUUUCAAUGUUGAAUAUUCAGGUUGGUGGAAGACAUGCCUGUGGAAUGGAUAAUUCAGGAUUAGUGAUUUGCAAAGGAAAUAAUGGCAAUGGUCAGUUGGAUGUGCCAUCAAAUUCAUCAUACGAGUACAUUGGGCUAGCCCUCGGGUCGAAUCACAGUUGCGCAAUCAGAAGAUUGAACCGAACGGUUGUUUGUUGGGGCGGGAACGGAGCAUUUUCGAGUAAUGUUACUGAUGAGAUUCCCUUUGAGUCUAUCGUUGCAGGAUUGAAUUUUACUUGUGGAUUGACAACAAGCAAUUUUUCAGUGAUUUGCUGGGGUCCUGGUUGGCCUUAUUCUUCUGGGAUUGAGCUUCCUUUGCAGAAGUCUCUUCCGGGGCCAUGUUUGGAGACUCCUUGUGAAUGUAAUAUAUAUCCUGACUCUCAAACACUUUGUUUUGGAAAUGGUCAUAUUUGUAGGCCUUGUGAUGAUGCAGUUUCAAUUCCACCGCCAAUUUCACAACCACCACCACCACCAGUUACUAGUCAUCGCCCUUCGAGAAGACUCCGAAGGGGUUUAUUAGCGUUUGCGAUUGUUGGAUCAGUUGGGGGGUUUGCAGGGAUUUGUACUGUAAUUUAUUGUUUGUGGACCGGUGUUUGUUUUGGGAAGAAGAAAGUUCAUAACUCGGUGCAGCCCACUAUUACUGGUGCUAAUGCUGCUCCGCAGUCUAAUAGUAGCCCACCUUCUAGAUCAUCAACUCUUCGGCGCCAGGGGUCGAUUCUCAUGAGACGCCAGAGGAGUGGAACUUCAUCAAAACAUGCAGACAGGGCAGAGGAAUUUAUGUUUACAGACCUGGUUGCAGCCACUAAUAAUUUCUCUUCAGAGAGCAAGAUUGCAAAGAGUGAUGUUUAUGGUCUUGGAGUAGUGUUACUUGAACUUUUGACGGGGAAGCGAGCAUUAUUCAAGACGGGUGAAAAUGGGGGUGCACCAAUAAGUGUGGUGGACUUUGCAGUACCAGCAAUUAUGGCCGGAGAAUUGGCCAAAAUCUUGGACCCUCGGGUUGGUCCGCCGGAGAUAAACGAAUCCGAGGCGGUGGAACUGGUGGCAUACACCGCUAUGCAUUGCGUGCAUUUAGAAGGUAAAGAUAGGCCUAGCAUGACUGACAUUGUUGCAAAUUUGGAGCGAGCAUUUGCUCUAUGCGAUGAUAGCCAUGGCAGCAUCUCUAGUGGUCCAAUAUCCAUUGUUUCAGAUUGA